GCCGGGCCUCUUCCCCUUUGUGCCAUCCGGGUCUUUUUGCCCGAGUUGUUCAGUCUGUGGCGAAGCGUCAGGGCGACUAGUACUGUUGAGAGCGGCAAGAAGAGGAGCCGCUUUAGCGGCCAGGACUCUUGACUAUGGAGGCUAGUGAUACAGAGCGAGAUGGACUAGCCCCAGAAAAGACAUCCCCAGAUAGCGAUAAGAAAAAAGAGCAGUCAGAUGUAUCUGUUUCUCCUAGAGCCUCAAAACAUCAUUAUUCAAGAUCACGAUCAAGGUCAAGAGAAAGAAAACGAAAGUCAGAUAAUGAAGGGAGAAAACACAGGAGCCGGAGCAGAAGCAAAGAGAACCAACUUCUUCUUAAACAGGCAAGAAGACAUGAAUCCAAAGAUAAAUCCUCUAAGAAACACAAGUCUGACGAACAUAAUGACAAAGAACACUCUUCUGAUAAGGGAAGAGAGCGACUAAAUUCAUCUGAAAAUGGUGAGGACAGACACAAACGCAAAGAAAGAAAGUCAUCAAGAGGCAGAAGUCACUCAAGAUCUAGGUCUCGUGAAAGGCGUCAUCGUAGUAGAAGCAGGGAGCGGAAGAAGUCUCGAUCCCGGAGCAGGGAGCGGAAGAAGUCAAGAUCCAGAAGCAGAGAGAGGAAGAAAUCACGAUCCAGAAGCAGGGAAAGAAAACGCCGAAUACGAUCUCGCUCCCGCUCAAGAUCAAGACACAGACAUAGGAGUAGAAGCAGGAGUAGGACAAGGAGUAGAAGUCGAGAUAGAAAGAAGAGAAUUGAAAAACCAAGAAGAUUUAGCAGAAGUUUAAGUGGAACUCCUAGUCCACCUCCCUUCAGAGGCAGAAACACAGCAAUGGAUGCACAAGAAGCUUUAGCUAGAAGGUUGGAAAGGGCAAAGAAAUUACAAGAACAACGAGAAAAGGAAAUGGUUGAAAAACAGAAACAACAAGAAAUAGCUGCAGCAGCUGCAGCUACUGGGGGUUCUGUUCUCAAUGUGGCUGCCCUGUUGGCCUCGGGAACGCAGGUAACUCCUCAGAUAGCAAUGGCAGCUCAGAUGGCAGCCCUGCAAGCUAAAGCUUUGGCAGAAACUGGAAUAGCUGUACCUAGCUAUUAUAACCCAGCAGCUGUGAAUCCAAUGAAAUUUGCUGAACAAGAGAAAAAAAGGAAAAUGCUUUGGCAAGGCAAGAAAGAAGGGGACAAAUCCCAGUCUGCUGAAAUAUGGGAAAAGUUGAAUUUUGGAAACAAGGACCAAAAUGUCAAAUUUAGGAAACUAAUGGGUAUUAAGAGUGAAGAUGAAGCUGGAUGUAGCUCAGUUGAUGAAGAAAGUUACAAGACUUUGAAGCAACAGGAAGAAGUAUUUAGGAAUCUAGAUGCUCAGUAUGAAAUGGCAAGGUCACAGACCCAUACACAAAGAGGAAUGGGAUUGGGUUUUACAUCAUCAAUGCGAGGAAUGGAUGCAGUUUGAAAAAGAUCGCUUAAUGUUUGGAACUUUCUAAACUUCUGGUUCUGAUGUCAGGUCCUUGUUCACCAAACAGCUAGCAUUCUAGCUUGCAUGGGUGUUGCAUUGACUUUAAUUUAUUGAAAAAUAACGAUUUUUUUGUAAAUAUCAGAUCAGUGAUACUGGUGUUAGUGUUGUAAUUAGGUUAAACCCACUUCCAUUAAACUUGACAGGACUAUAGAAGGACAAUAUUUUUUAGUUCAUGGAUUCUACUUUCAAAAUAUAUAUAAAAGCUGCAGGUGGGAUAAAAAUCUCAUACAUGGAUUUUUUCGUGUCCGCUGUCUUGUGUACUUUUGUACUUAACCUUGUACAGUUAUUUUCAUCUCUUGAAACAUGAAAGAAAUGUUAUGUAGAUGUUCUUUAGAAGAUCUGGCCAUUUGGUACAUACCAGCACAAAUAAGCUGGGUGGUGAUGAAAAUAAAAAUGGUUUUCUCAAAA